CCCAUCCAACCAGUGACCCGUCGGAUCUACACGGGUAAACCAAAGUAAACCAGAAAAUCCCAAAAAUGAAACGCGAUUUGUAAUCGUUUCUCGAAUCUGUUUAUAUUUUCCGAUUUCUCAUUUCCUUUAAACAUUUUUUCGAGCCAUUUUUUCAUUCUCUCGGUCUCGAAACUCUUCAGUUUCUCUCUAUCUCUCGCGAAACUCAAGAGAAGAAGCAGAUCUCUCAUCUCAUCGAGGCAUCUCGAUCUCGGUUUCGCCAAACAAGGAGAAGAGGAACUGAAAAUGGUGAAGACGAAAUGGACGAGGAAGAAGAAGAAAACGAAACCAUUGAAGGAUAUAACAUCUCCAUUGAAAGAUAUUGAGAUUCCGAAAGAGAUUGAGAAAGAGAAGAAGAACGAUGUGAAUCUCGUUGAAGAUAAAGAAAAAGAGGCGAACCCUGUUGAAGAUAAAGAUUCUGAGAUGGAGACGAACACUAAUGAAGAGAACGAGACCGAAGAGAGAGUUGAUGAUGAAGAGGCGAACAAGGUUCAAAGUGAUGUAGAGGAAGAAGAUGAACAGAGGUCAGAGGAGGAAGAGAGGUCAGAGGAAGAACAGGAACAUAGGUCAGAGGAGGAAGAGAGGUCAGAAGAGGAAGAGAGGUCAGAGGAAGGAGAGGAAGAGAGGUCAGAGGAGGAACAGAGGUCAGAGGAGGAACAGAGGUCAGAGGAGGAAGAGCGGUCAGAGGAAGAAGAGGAAAGAGAGGAAAGAGAGGAAGGAGAGGAAGAGAGGUCAGAAGAAGAGGCGAACUUGGAUGAGAGCAAUGAUGGAAGAAGAGAAGGACGUAGGGAAGAAGGAAGUAGGGAAGAAGAAAUUUACAAUGUAGACAAUUUCUUAGCAUUUGAGGCCAUCGAGAAAUUGGGGGAGAAAUUCCGAGAGCGAGUACCAGAUGAAGACGUACACCCAACAUGUCCAAGGAUGUGCCGAUCAAUGUUCAAGAGAAGUGAAAUGAAGGGAUUUCCACUAGAGAAAAUAAAUAAAGCACUCGGUGAUACUACGGACAUUGAGAACAUCUUGGCUUGUACCGACGAAGACAAGACUCUACUAGAUGGGAUAACAGAACCAGAAGACAUCAGAGAUAAGGAUGACACGAUUGUGGAGAGUUGGAUGAAGGUGGUGGAGAGGGGUUAUGUUGUUAGGUUUGAAGAUAUGUUGAAGGAAGAUGUGGCUGCUAGACAAGCCCCUCCCCCUGAGCCUCAGAUUGGAAACGACACAGAAGCUACCAAUGAAGCAGGAGGGAACAGCGUCAAGCUAGAUGAAUUGGUGCAAGUCAUUAACAGCUUCAAAGAAGAUAUUGGAGGGCGGAUGACGAAGAUUGAGGAAAAGGUUGGGGAGAUUGACUCAAGACUCGCUGCAUCGGAAGGUUUUGUUCAAGAGCUCUUAGAUGGUAGGAAUGUGAAUGCGGAUAUGGAGGAGGAACAACAGGGCGUCUCGAAGAGGUCAAGGAACAAGACAAAGGACAUCACUUCCAGGGCAAAGAAGAAGUCAAAGAAAAACUGAUCAAUUGCUUUUGUUGUUUGUUAUGAACUUAUGUUGCUUAUGUGUGUUCUAAAACAUGUUGCUUUUGUUUGCUUUUGGAACUAGGUGUUCUAAAACUUUGUUUGCUUUUUGGAACGAGUAAGAGAAGGUGUGUACUAAAC